AUAUAGGCAUGAAUUGAAAUGGUUGCGUUGUAGGUUGCAUGGAUGGUGGACCUUGCACAUUAUUAAAACCCGGAAACAUGAUCGGGUAGUAGGCCGAAGGUUGAGAAGAAGUUUGUGGGGUCCCUCCAAAAGCGCUAGGGACCAUUGUUGGAACUUGUUGAGAGAAAUUGAAUGUAUUUUGUUGAGGACCGGAUGAACCAUUUUGGGGAAAAGUAUAGUAAUUUUGGGGAGGAAAAAAAAAAGAUGUAUUUGUUGAGGAAACAUGGGAGGCAUUUGUGGUUGAGUACCGGAAAUAGAUUGAUCAUACCCAUGAUAGAGAAACGGAAUCAUCCAUGGACCCAUAUUUGCUUACAUGGCCGCUAGUUCUCUUAACUCCUGCACUUCUUUCCUCAAGGCCUUCAUCUCCUCCUUAAUAGAUUCACUAUCGGGGUCACUUUGUAUGGAGGCACAAUGUGUGGAUUUCAAAGAGCCAGUACGCAAAUAUUCGGGGCCAAGAGCCCCCCAACCAAUUCAGAACUACUUUUUUGUAGCAGUAGAAACCGUGUACAUGGCCUUGUUUAGCUUCUCAGUGUAAUCUGUUGCAACUCCAAUCCCAGGACGAUCACAAUACAACGCUACAUCUUUCCUAGCCUUCAAAUUGUCUUUUGUUCUAUCUUUUUCGUUCAUUAGAGUAUAAAAUAAAUUGUCAAACACAUUCUUCUCAAUGUGCAUGACAUCUAAAUUAUGUCUAACUAAUAAACAUCCCCAAUAAGGCAGGUGCCAGAAAAUGCUCCUCUUUGUCCAUUUGUGAUUGACUCCAUACCCUUGUGGUAGUUCAUUAGGCUCCUGAACUGCUGUCGCUAUCAUAUGAACACGUUCAAAUAUUUGUUGUCCGGUUAACCUGAGAGGAGGACUACUUUCCUGUUUUCCUUUUAUAAAAGAAUGAAUGUCCCUUCGAUAAGGGUGCUUGCGUGGUAAGAACUUUUUAUGACAGUCAAAGUAACAUGCCUUACGUCCAUUCUUAAGGUACAUUGCAUUGUUACCUUCCAUACAAAUAGGCACCCCAAGAGACCUGAUGUACUCCAACCGGACAACAUCCCGUAUGCGGGAAAGUCACUUAUCGUCCACAUUAAAAUGGCACGCAUUGAGAACAUGGUAUUUGACAUAACGUCAUAUGUCACUGGACCCUCUUCCCACAAAUGGUGCAAUUCAUCAACAAAGGGUUGUAAGUAAACAUCAAUUUUCUUUUUUGGACAUAUUGGCCCCGGAAUAAUAAGCGACAAAAACAUGUAGGGAUAUUUCAUACACAUACCAAGAGGCGGAUUGUACGUCGUUAGGAUGACGGGCCAACAAGAGUAUGAUGCACCAUAUUGUCCAUGUGCAGCAAAACCAUCCGAGCAUAAACCAAGUCGUACAUUUCGAGGCUCCGAGGCGAAGUCCGGAUACAUCAUGUCAAUGUGUUUCCAUGCCUCACUAUCACAAGGGUGGCCCAUCAAAUUCCCUGUUGCUUCAUGCAUUGCGUGCCACUUCAUCUCUUCAGUUGUUUGUCGUGAAGCAUAUAACCUCUACAGUCUUGGCGUCAAGGGAAGAUAUCUUAAUACAGAAACAUUGAUCACAAUUACAUUGAUGGUGAAGCUUUCUAGUCUAUAAAAUGUAUGUAUGGAAGAUAGAUCUGGGAAUGAAGCUUUCCAUUGAUGGUGAA